UGAAUGCUAGCAACCAUGUUUGGAAAUAUGAUUUUUUAUCUCCUUCGUUCGCGGGGAUGAUGGUCGUAAUCCUCGCACCAAUAUUCGUUUCACUCCAAAGUUCGUAAGAUUGCCGCAAUGCAUACAACAGAAGUUGGUGUCAAUAACGUCCCCGCCUUCCUGGUGAAGCUUUGGAAACUUGUCGAAGACGAGAACUGCAACGAUUUGAUCAGCUGGAACGAGAAUGGCCAGAGUUUUAUUAUCCACAACCAGACACAGUUUGCGAAGGAGUUGCUUCCACUCUACUUCAAGCACAGCAACAUGGCUAGCUUCAUCAGGCAACUUAACAUGUAUGGCUUCCGUAAGGUAGCUAACAUUGACCAAGGUGCUCUCAAGUCUGAUCGAGAAAGCAUUGAAUUCUUCCACAACUUUUUCAUCCGUGGCCAGGAGUGCAUGCUUGAGUUCAUCAAGCGCAAGGUGCCUGCGGGACGCAACGGGGGCCCUGAGGACAGCCGUGUGCAUGGCGAUGUGCUCAAGGAGCUGCUGUCGGACGUGGGCAGCAUGCAGGGGCGCCAGGAGCAUGUGGAUCAGCUGCUCACGGACAUGAAGAAGGAGAAUGAGGCCCUCUGGCGGGAGGUGGCCGUGCUUCGCCAGAAGCACCACAAGCAGCAGCAGAUAGUCGAGAAGCUGAUCCAGUUCUUGGUGACUUUGGUGCAAGCAAACCGUAACAUCACGGUCAAGCGCAAGCUCCCCCUCAUGCUGCAUGACAGUUCCAGCGCCAAGGCGCCGCGGCUCAAGAAGUCAUCAUUCGUUGCUGCUGCUGAUGGACAGAUCAGCACUCCCGAUUACCAAGUUAGCUCGCCUGCCAGCCAAAUCUCAGAAGGUCCCGUGAUCAGAGACGUCACUGACCUGAUGGAAGAUGGCAGGGAGACGAGCAGCACUGUGGACGCGGGAGAAACAUGGACACGGACCCAUACGUCCUCGACCUCCUCUUCGGGUGGCUCGGAAAGUGCUGCCACUCCCUCGGCAUCGACGUCUGCUCUGGCAGAGUUGGACUGUGCCCCCAUCGUGGCCAGCCCCCUGAACCCUGCAGAGGCCAUGGAACCCCUCUGCCUGUUGGACCCACUCGACGACGCUGACAGUGCCUCCAAUCUUGCGGAUCACAUUGAAGAAGUGGUCGCUGAAGAAGUGGCUCCCAGUCCAAAGCCUGUGCUUUCUGUCUCGGAGAGCCAAGGAAUGACCUCUAGGAAGGUGCCUCAAAAUGUUGCUGAAUCGGUAAUGGAUUUUGCACCGUCGGAGCUGGCGAAGCAGCCUGCGGUGCCGGAUGUGAAGAGUGCACCUUCGGACCUGCUUGGCGACUGUGUCAUGAUGGAAGGCAUUCCCUCACUCAUGGACGAAAGCACCACCAACACCAAAACUGGCCUCAUAGAGUCAAACUGGGACAGCCGACUCCAAGAAAGCGCUUCACCAUCUGCAGAACUCGGGGUUCCAGGGCCUGCUAAACCGGUUUCCAGUGGGGGCAUGCAAGUGGCUCUGCAGGACAAAGCCACGGUGAAACCGAAGGCUUUUGCGGAGCACUUGGAGACAAUUGACACCGAGCUGGACUGGCUCCAGGACCAGUUGCUCAGCGGUGGCCUGAACCUGGACACAUCCACGCUGCUGGGGGUAUGUCCCGACUGGACAAUGGUUCUUUCGGGAAACAACAAGCUCUUUGCUCCCGAAGAUAACCUGUCAAGCUGCUUGGGGGACCUUGCAACCGAAGGCAGAACAUCUGACACAGUAGGCAAUGAAAUGGUUCAGUACACGCCGAGCCUAUUGGAUCUGGGUCUCGAUGACGAUCCCUCCUUCCACCAGAGCAAUGAAUUUCUGCUGUCUGACGAAGAGCUCAGUGCCCGGCCUGCCGAAGACUCUGCUGGUAGCAGUUCCAGCAUUGGUGGCACUCUUAACCCAACCUCUGACAACCAGGGCAACCCCCUUUCGUCUGUAGACUCCAAGACCUAUCCCUUCCCUCGAACCCCCUUCAAGAAGUCAGCGCCUGGCAAGAAGCGUCGAGUUGCCAGCAAGAAGUGAGGACUGCAAGCAUUUGAGAGAAGCUUCACUUAUGAAGCUUGUGUUGUGAGAUGGACAGCAACAGUGAAAGACACUAAAUUUUUUUUUCUUCUUUUUAAACAGCAGAGGCAUUCAAUGUGUUGAGCAUAGAAGUUGGCUUGAUCCUUGCAUGGACAAGUGCAGGCGUCAUAGUGCUAACCUUCAGCGUGGAGUUCAACUUGUUUCACACAUGGUGUCCAGUUUCUGGGGACGGGCGGGCCCGAACGAUGGUCGAAAACGAUUCGGAAACUUAACCGAACAAAGCACCUGGAAACUUGACUAGGUCCAUAUUUAUUAACUAAGAGAAGUGCAAGGAGAUGCUAGGUGCCGAUACUUUAUAUUAGCAACUGCAAUGCGAGUUAGCAGCUUUUUGGGGUAAGCCUACAUUGUUUGAGAGCUUGUAGCUGAAUUUCCCAAUGAAAGCACAGCAAGGCCAAAGCAUUAACAAUGGCCACUAAGUGUGGCCAAGCAUUUGCAAGCUUAACCAAGACCCAUAUUUACUUUUAUGGUAGUUGAUGCAAAGUGUAAGCAUCCGGUUUAGCACAGGAAACCCAAUAUAAUAGUUUUCGUUAGUUUGCACUGUUUGUGUGACUGGAUUGGCUAAUAACAUUGUAAGCAUGCCUGACCAGCAAACAUGGUUAGUUGGAAAUGGUUGAAAGUAAGGCUGCUCUUCUGGAUAUAAAAGGUGGGGUCUUGCUCUUUUGUUCUUCCCAGGUAAGCCAUUCUGCACCUGUGCAUCAUACAGCUGUAUGUGUCGACUUGCCCACUGAUGUAACCCGUGUGCUUGUCGUAGUGAAAUGUGAUGGUUAACAUUAAAAGUUUGGAAGCUUUA